CGGAGCGGCGUCGGGCGCGCUCCGCUGCACACCGGCCCUGCGAGCGCCGCCCGCUCCCGCAGCCUCGGCCCGACCGCCCGCCCGCCCGCUCCGCACCACCGCGGCCCCGCCGUGCGCACCGCGCGCUCCCCCGGCCCGUGUCUCUGUCCGCUCCGCUCCGCGCGCGGCGGAGGCAGCCGCGCCCCCCCCCCGGCCCGGCCCCCCCCUCCUCCCGCCGCCCCCUCGCCCCCGCCGGGCCGCGGAGCUGCGAUGCCCUCGGACUUCAUCUCUCUGCUCAGCGCCGACCUCGACCUCGAGUCCCCCAAGUCGCUCUACUCCAAGGAAUCUGUCUAUGACCUUCUCCCAAAGGAGCUGCAGUUACCACCUUCCAGAGAAACAUCCAUAGCAUCCAUGAGCCAAACAAGCGGCGGUGAGGCCGGUUCGCCGCCUCCAGCUGUAGUUGCUGCUGAUGCUUCUUCAGCUCCCUCCUCUUCCUCCAUGGGCGGUGCUUGCAGCUCCUUUACCACCUCUUCCAGCCCUACCAUUUACUCUACCUCAGUCACCGACAGCAAGGCUAUGCAAGUGGAGAGCUGCUCCGCGGCCGUGGGGGUAAGUACCCGAGGGGUAAGUGAGCAGCAGAUAACCAGUAACACAGCCCAGCAGCACCCGGCCACGCCGAAGCGCCACACUGUCCUCUACAUCUCGCCACCUCCCGAGGACUUGCUGGACAACAGCCGGAUGUCCUGCCAGGAUGAGGGCUGUGGAUUGGAGUCAGAACAGAGCUGCAGUAUGUGGAUGGAGGAUUCACCCUCCAACUUCAGUAACAUGAGUACCAGUUCCUACAAUGAUAACACUGAGGUGCCACGUAAAUCGCGCAAGCGCAACCCAAAGCAGAGGCCAGGGAUCAAACGCCGAGAUUGCGAAGAGUCCAACAUGGAUAUCUUUGAUGCCGACAGUGCCAAAGCGCCUCACUAUGUCCUUUCUCAGCUCAGCACGGACAGCAAAAGCAACUCAAAAGCAGGAAAUGGAGCAUCAGAGAACCAGAAGGGAGCUGGAGGGAAGAAGACCCCAAUGUUGUGUGGUCAGUACCCGACCAAGAGUGAGGGGAAGGAGCUGAAGAUCAUGGUGCAGCCGGAGACCCAGCACAGGGCUCGGUACCUGACCGAGGGCAGCCGGGGCUCCGUCAAGGACCGCACGCAGCAGGGCUUCCCCACGGUCAAGCUGGAAGGCCACAACGAGCCCGUGGUGCUGCAGGUGUUCGUGGGCAACGACUCGGGGCGCGUGAAGCCGCACGGCUUCUACCAGGCGUGCAGGGUGACGGGCAGGAACACCACGCCCUGCAAGGAGGUGGACAUCGAGGGCACCACCGUCAUCGAGGUGGGGCUGGACCCGAGCAACAACAUGACCCUGGCGGUUGAUUGUGUGGGAAUCCUGAAGCUGAGGAAUGCUGAUGUGGAAGCCAGGAUAGGAAUUGCCGGCUCCAAGAAGAAGAGCACCCGCGCUCGGCUCGUCUUUCGCGUCAACAUCACGCGCAAGGACGGCUCCACCCUGACCCUGCAGACGCCUUCCUCCCCAAUUCUGUGCACUCAGCCAGCAGGAGUCCCAGAGAUACUAAAGAAAAGUCUCCACAGCUGUUCAGUGAAGGGUGAAGAGGAAGUUUUUCUGAUUGGCAAGAACUUCCUAAAGGGAACAAAAGUGAUUUUCCAAGAGAAUGUUUCCGAUGAGAAUUCUUGGAAGGCAGAAGCUGAAAUUGACAUGGAAUUAUUUCAUCAGAAUCACCUUAUUGUGAAGGUGCCACCAUAUCACGACCAGCAAAUCACCUCAGCUGUCUCUGUGGGAAUUUACGUGGUGACCAACGCUGGCAGGUCUCACGACGUGCAGCCCUUCACCUACACUCCAGAGCCAGCUGGGACUCUGAAUGUUAAUGUGAAGAAGGAAAUCUCCAGCCCAGCCCAACAUUGUUCUUUUGAAGAGGCUAUAAAAGCAGUGAAGGCCACAGGCUGUAACCUGGAGAAGGUGAACAUUCUUCCUAGUGCCUUGAUAACUCCACUCAUGCCAAGCAGUAUGAUCAAGAAUGAAGAUGUGGCUCCAAUGGAAGCUUCAAAUGUGGUUGGACCAACUCAGCAAACAUUGGAAAACAGCAUGUCUGGCAUAUCAACUUCUGCUUCCCAUUUACCCUCCGAGAGUGAAAACCAGCAGCAAAUCCAGCCCAAGGUGUACAACCCCGAGACCCUGAGCACCAUCCAAACACAGGACAUUUCCCAGCCUGGCAGCUUCUCUGCAGUGUCCACCCCGGGCCAGCUGCAGAACAGCGAUGCCCUGCUGCAGCAGGCUGCACAGUUCCAGCCCAGGGAUUCCCAGCCCCGGGAGGUGCUGCAGUCAGACGGCACCGUGGUGACUCUGUCACAGCUGGCUGAGGCCUCACAGCAGCAGCAGCCCACGCUCUCAGAGCCAGCCCAGGCCCUGCAGCAGCAGAUUUCCUCCAGCAUCUUCUCGUCGGCCAGCGGCGUGAGCCAGCUCCAGAACACCAUCCAGCAGCUGCAGGCUGGCAACUUCCCCACCAACACGGCCACGGGCAGCAGCAGGAACGUUGACUUGGUGCAGCAGGUUCUGGAAGCUCAGCAGCAGUUAUCCUCUGUUCUGUUCUCGGGCUCAGACAGCAGCGAGGAUGUCCAGGAUCAGCUGAAUGCAGAUAUCUUUCAGCAGGUCAGCCAGAUCCAGAGCAGUGUCAAUCCCGGGAUGUUUCCCUCCUCAGACACAGCUGUCCAUUCCAGGGCGGAGAACCUUUUGCCUGGGCGAGCUGAGAACGUUCACUCCCAGCCUGAGGGUGCCCUGUCCAACCAGCAGCAGCAGCAGCAGCAGCAGCAGCAGCAGGCCAUGGAGACGUCGGCCAUGGUGAUGGGGAUGCAGCAGAACAUGUGCCAGGCGGCCCCGCAGCUGCAGUCGGAUCUGUUCUCCUCCAGCACGGCGGGGAGCGGGGCCCUGCAGCAGUCCCCGGUGUACCAGCAGGCGUCUCACAUGAUGGGGGGGCUGUCCAGCAGCGAGGACAUGCAGAUGCAGUGUGAGCUGUUCUCCUCCUCCCCGGGGGUGAACGGCGGCGAGGCGGCCGCCCCCGCGCAGCAGCCGGUGUCCAGCAACGGCCCUGCCAUGUUCCAGCCCUCCAGCUCCGCAGAGGGAGAGGAGGCCUCGGGCCAGAGCAAACAGAUGCAGAACUCGGUGUUUCAGACCAUGGUUCAGAUGCAGCACAGUGGGGAAAGUCAGUCCCAGGUUAAUCUCUUCUCAUCCACCAAGACCAUGAUGAGUGUCCAGGCCGGCGGGACUCAGCAGCAGGGCGGGGGUCUGUUCCAGCAGGGUGGAGAAAUGAUGUCUAUUCAGUCAGGAAGCUUCAUCCAACAGUCUCCACACUCACAGGCUCAGCUUUUCCACUCUCAGAACCCUAUUGGUGACACUCAGAAUAUAUCCCAGGAAACACAAGGAUCCCUUUUUCAUAGCUCAAAUUCCAUUGUUCACAACCAGACCAACACUAAUUCCUCUGACCAACUUCAGCCCCCGAUGUUCCACUCACAGAAUGCCAUGGGUGUCUUGCAGAGCUCCUCGGUGCCUCAAGACCAGCAGUCUGCCAACAUGUUCCUUUCCCAGAGUUCCAUGAGCAACCCUGCCACUCAGGAAGAGCAGAUGUCAUUCUUUACAAGCCCAAAUCCCAUUUCUCCUCUUCAGACAGCAACAAACACUGAACAGCAGACUUCUUUCCAGCAGCAGACACAGAUCUCUCAUAUCCAGAGCUCCAUGCUUCCCCAGGAGCAGCCCCAGACUCAGCCUGCUCAGCAGGGUUUGUUUCAGUCCCAAGUGUCAUUGGGCUCCAUCCAGUCCAGCUCCAUCCCCCAGAACCAACAAGGAGCCAUCUUCCAGCCUCAGCAUUCGAUUGUUGCUAUCCAGAGCAGCCCUCCAUCUCAGGAGCAGCAGCAGCAGCAGCAGAGCAUGAUGUUCAGCAAUCAAAAUGCAAUGAGUACCAUGGCCUCCCAAAAGCAGAACAUGAUUUUCAAUCCAAAUCAAAACCCAGUUACCAAUCAGGAGCAACAAGGCCAGUCCAUUUUUCAUCCCCAGUCCAACAUGGCCUCGAUGAAUCAGGAGCAGCAGCCCAUGCAAUUCCAGAGUCAGACCACAGUGUCUCCUCUCCAGAAUCCUGGCUCCAGCCAGGCUGAAGCACAGCAGCCAACCAUCUUCCAUAACUCACCCCAGAUUCAGCUGGUCCAAGGGUCCCCAAGUUCUCAAGAGCAGCAAGUCACCCUCUUCAUCUCCUCAGCUUCCAUGUCUGCCCUGUCUGUCCAGAACAGCAUGAGCCAGCCGGAGCUGCAGCAGUCCCCCAUGUACUCCUCCCAGAACAGCAUGGCAGGAAUGCCAGGAACUGCUUCUCCUCCCCAGCAGCAGCCUCCUCUGUUCCACAACACGGCAGGAGGUGCCAUCAACCAGCUGCAGAAUUCCCCUGCCUCGUCCCAGCAGACAUCAGGAAUAUUCCUGUUUGGCAUCCAGAACAACUGCGGGCAGCUGCUGCCCCCCGGCCCCGCGGCGCUGCCCGAGGAGCUGAUGGCCAUGGGGCAGCCCGGGCAGCCCCAGGGCGAGGCCCAGCCCGCCCUGCUGCCCCAGCAGCUCCCCGAGACCCCCCCGCUGCCCCCCGCCAUGGCCACCAACCAGAACAUGGAGAAGAUCGACGACCUGCUCGUGUCCUUGCAGAACCAGGGGAACAACAUGGCUGGCUCCUUUUAAUCAGAAAUUCCGUGAAGAAAAAAAGCGAUGAUUCCCCAGAUCCUCUCAGACCUUCCAACUCUGGAUUAGGCUGCGUGGAACCAAUUGCUUCUGUGGAAAAGUGGCCUCUUUAAAGAGCACACGUGUGGCCAGUGGCAGACCUGAGGCCAUGACCAUGGAGUUUGGGCUCCAUAGCCAAUAAUGCUGAGGAGUUAUGCUUUGUGUUACUGGGGCGUGGGGUUGGGCUGUUACCAGGUUCAUAAACCUCAUCACAGUGGGGGCUCUUGGAAUUUAAAGCAUAUCUGGUCAGUUAUUAUUGUUGUUGGAAGGUAAUCCAUGUUACCACGUUUACUUUUUCCCUUCUAUUCCUUCUUCACAUCCCUUUUUUCCCUCGGGAAGCUCGUGCAGCAGAAGCAGCAGCUGCCUCUGCCUUGAGCUGUGACUCAGCUGUCAGUCAGCGAAGGGAUCCCUCGAUUGACACGGAGUAGGAGAGCCAAACCCCCCCUUUAUGAAUUGAAAGUGUUGAUAACUGUAAGAACCAAGCAGAGAAUUGCUGCUGUAAAUAGCCAGUUCCCAUCUGAGAAUGGGAUUCACGGUUUUCCACAUAUCUUAGGUGGAGCUGUACAUAGAGCAAGAGUUUGGUGGCUCUACAAAAUGAAGGGGAACUUCCAGUUGAACUUAAAAUCUUCUCUAACACCUUCAGCUUGAAAAAGGUAUUCUUUGUGGCUGAGGAAGGGACUCCUCUGUGUCUCUCAUUCUGACUGAUGGGUUAGAGCUCUGUAGAGCCUCAUGAGCUGUUCCCAAGCCAGCUUUUCUCCCUUCCAUUCUUUCCAUGGUUUUCCUUCUCUCCCUCAGUUUUUUAUUGUGUUUUUAAAAAAAGACAUAACUAUCCUACUGGCUUUAAAGCUAAAGAAACAGCUUUUAGGAAUCCUUGGCAGUAAAUUGCUUAGUCAGUAGAAGCUUUGACAAAUAAUCAAGGCAUAAGGAGAGAGGAAACAAUUUCUCCACCACCUCCUAAAUGCAGGAAUCCCCCUUAACCUGCCACUUCCAGCUGUGACUGAUGGAAAUCUUCAGCUUGGCUUUACUCCAAGUAGGGGGCAAAUUGCAUCAUUUUUAAGCCUUCUUAAAAGGUCACUUCAUCCUGAGCUGUUGCAUCUUUGUAGCACAUGGAGCUCAUCACAGUUCUGAAGUGAUUUUUCCUUUUUCUACCACCGAGCCCCGAGUCUGGUUUCUAGAUUGUCAUGUUUAAUUACGGAAUAAAUCACUGACUGAUGUUACCGAAUGUAAAAACAACCCACUCCAGACCAUGCAGGUGUAUUGUGAGGCAUGUGGAUGUUUUUGGGUGCUUCAGCUCUGCGGACAGUGUGUGAUCUCUCCCUAGAGCCCGGCUCAGAUCCGUGUUCCUCCCGCUGCCGCUCCCGCGGCGCCCGUUCGCCUCGGUAGAGAGUAGCUGGUGUCACGUUCAUUUUUUCAUUUUUGUUAUUUGAAAUAACAAAAGAACAGCCUGUAAAUGUUUUGUUUUUUUAAGUUCCUCGAGUCUGUUUACCGUGUGUUUUCCCCUUAACUGGUGUGCGUAGUUGAGCCGUGUAGAGUUUUUGUUGGUUUUCCUGGAUUCCCCUGUUUGUUGGUCUGUCACGACGUUCACUUUCUCUUUCUGUCUCUCUCUUUCUCUCUCUCAUUGAGAGGCAUUGAAUUACGUUUUCAGUAGUAAGGCUUCUUGCCGAUAUGAAGGGAACUUUUCAGAAAGAGACCUGCUCUGGGUCAUUUAAUUUUGAAUACAGUUUUCAAUCGUUCAAGUUUUGGAUGGUUUAUAUCUAAUGUGUGUUUCAUUUUUUUGGAAAGCUAUAUUUUGUAUUUAGGAAAUGGUAUAACUAUUUUGCUAUUUGUACUGAGUGAGUACAUUGGCAUAAAUAUAAAAAAUUUAUAUAUAUACAUAUAUAUAAAAUAUUCUUUUUGCCACACAUUUUUGUGGUAAAUUUGUGAGUUUGUCUGAUGUUCUACCACAACGUGGCGUCUGAUAACAGUGGGGUGGGGUGGGGUUUGUUAUGUCUUUAUUGAGUAUUUAAGUACUUUUUGCAGCAUAAAUAACAUGUUCAUCUCUCGCCAUUCCAUCAGGCAGUGUUGGUCCAGCUGGCCACGAGAAGCUUCGCUCUGUGUUUGGUGUGUCCCUCACUCACAGCCUAGCCAGGAAACCCAGAGGCAUUUAGGAUUAUAUAAAAUAUGAAAUAUUGGGGUUUCCCUCAGAAUGAGCCAUUCAGCUUUUCUCCGCUCUCAUUGCCUAUUUAAUAUUUUAUUAUUAGCGCCUCUGUGUUUUAACUCCUAAUUUAUGAUUAUGCUCAAACGUUGGAAAUUUUAAUCAGGACAGAAAGAAUUCCCUGCUGCAUCAUGUCCAGAGCUGCUUUAACCCCGACCCAGACUUUUUCUUGCUGUAUUUUAUUUGUUUUUCCUCUGCUAAGACAAAACAUUACCAACAUCUUGUGAAGGUUCACAACAGGAAAGCAGCAGCCCCCAGCAGUGCCCAGGUGCUGUGUGGGGCUGCUCAGGCUGACAGCAAUGGACCCAGCAAGGUCCAGAGGGCCGUGGAAGUCCAUAGGCACUCACUGGGAAAGGAACUGGUGGUGUUUGCAGGAUCUGUGUCCCAGGAUGAGCUGUUGGUGUCACCUGGGGCCGUUGGACACAGGAGGAGUGACAGGAAGGAUGGAUUCGCUCACGUGCUGCUUCAGUUUGCUCCUUGUUCCGAAGGGCUCUAUCUGUUUGUUGGUCAGUGCCAAGUCACCAGGGACCAAUUCUCCAUGGAACAGGAUGAGUGCCCAGAAGAGAAACUUCAUCCCAAGCCUGCCACAGCUCCAGGGAAGGGUAUGUUUGAAUUGUGGGCGUGUUUGAGGUCAUUUACGAAGCGAAGAGAGAAAAAAAAUACACAAAAAACCAACUAAGGGCUGUGCUAUCCCAGUUUUCCCUUCUGGAAACACCUUCCUUUCCUCGUGUUAAAUUUACCUGUUCAUUUUAGGUCAAUGUUUAAAUGUACAAGACUUUGAACAUGUGAUUUGGUUACAAAAAGUAUUUGUGUGACUGAAGAGGUCGCUCAGCGGUCGGCGCGUGCUCGGCAGCGGCUCUGAGGUGCAGGGCUUGGAUCAGCCCCACCAGAGCUCAAGGACAGGCUGCAGGGUGUCCUGGCAGGGAGCACAGCCUGAGCCACAUCUGUGUUUCACCAGGGGCCUGAACAUUCACUUGUGACAUUUUUAGCAGUUGAGGUUGGGCAGCAGAGCCUCUCAAUGACCCCUGUGUUCCAGGAGCACACGGAGCACUGGCGGCGUGUCUGGGCCCUUUGGGUGCCAGAGAGGAUCCUGAGGUGUCAGCCUGUGCAAAUCCAGCGUCCCUGGGCAUCCCAGAGCACCCAUUUGUGGGCACAGGUGAGAGUGGAGGGAGAUGGAGCUGCCAACCCCCACCAUGUCCCCUCAGCUUUUACCCUGAGUGUGCCCAGAGCCCCAGAAACCCCAGAGCCAACCCUGACUGCACAGUUUGAGCUGAACAUCUCUGGCACGGAGUUACUGCUGCUUUGUGCUUAAUUAACAGUUGUUUUGUUAUUAAUUGCCUCCUCACUGCCUGGUCUUGCAGCAAGCCAAGCACUUUGCUCUUAUUUGAACACAAAUCUAGCUCAAGAAAUAAUUCCAGGCUGGCUGUUCUGAAGUGGAUGUCCUCUCUCUGAUCAGUGAUGCUGAUUACUUCUAAUCAUUGACAGGUUGCUUCCCAUGUAGUUUUGAGAUAAAACAAAGCAUGAGCAGUUAAACAUGACUGUGGCAGGUUUUUACUGGAAGCACCAAGUCUAGGCAGCUUUCCUCACUUGCAUAAGCUGAACUUUUUUUAAAGUUUCCGUUGCUGUUUUGAUUUAGAAUGUAAUUUCUACAAGGAAGAUAUACCUGAGUGGAUUUUUAUUCCUGUUUUCUUGUGCCUCUGCUUAGAGGGAGCACAGCCAUGGAUCUGGGUGAGGGGAGCAGGAGAGAGGAGAGGGAGUUGCUUGGCGUGCUCUGAGCUGUAGGUGGAAGGUGAGAACAGGAAAUCCUGGUCACUGGUGACUUCUCAUUAGUGCAAAACGGAGUUUCAAGGAAUUGGGGAGUUCUGUGUUCAGGGGGCUCGGGGCAGCUCUGUUCUGUAGAAGCUAAAAGGAAACAGCAGUGGGAUGCUGUGUUUGUUCAGGGGCUUUGUUUAAAUUUGGGUUUGUUUAGUCUAUUGUGGCAGCCUGUGAGCACUUUGUGUUCCUGCUCAGACCAGCUGUGCCAGCUGUGGUGCCCCGGGCAGGCACCGAGGUCAGCGUUGGAAAUGGGAUAAGGUGUUAGAAACAAGGAAAAAUGCAGCAGGGGGUAAACUCCUGCAAAAAGCAACUUGAGAAAUUCUCCAGGGGAGUGGGGCACUUGGGGGGGUUACACAGGAGGAGAGGCUUUUCCUCUCCCAGUCUGUAUAGGGAUGUAAAUACGCACUGCCUGUAUAUUCUAGGAUUUUAUAUGUGUAUAUAGAGGAGUCAUAUUAUUAUAUAUAAUAGUAGACACAUGCAUACAACACUGUUAUAUUUACAUUUUUAUAAACAUGAAAUAAUAUUCCUUUUCCUCAGUAGGAGGUUUUUGUAGUAACUCAUGAGUAGCUGUGUCACAUGUCUCAGUCCUGGACGUGUGGCCCUGUUGGUGAUGUGGCUCCAGAAUCUGCUCUGCUUGGGAACCUUGCUGGGAUCUGUGGGCUGGAAGCAGCUCUGACCACUUUUGUAUUUUUAUAUCUUUUAGUUCAUACUUGCAGAUGUGGUUUAGGAUAGAACUGACACCCAGGCUGAGGAUGGGCUUCCUGCAGACAGGGAGUGGUGGUGGCUGUGCUGACACCAGUCAGGUGUGUUGGAUGUCGUUGUGUAGCAGAAGGUCCCUGGUGGUGCUGGGUCAGGGAGGGGAAGCUCCUCUGCCAUUUCUCUUUAUUCCCAUGAGGGCAGGAGUGCGCAAACUGUUGGUUUUUUUUUUUUGGUUUUUUUUUUUUUCUUUUUUUUUUUUUUUUUUCUUUUUUUUUUUUUUAACUGACUCAUUAGUGCAACAGUCAGUAUUUAGAGAAGUCCUUGAAAGCCAGUGAAGCUCCCCUUGAAUUCUAUCUGUGAGGAAUCUGCCACAACUCGUGCUGAUUUCUUCCUUGCAGGUUGUGUGAGGAAUUAAACCCUAAAAAUCACAAAAUCAUGGAAUAUCCUGAGCUGGAAGGGGCCCACAGGGAUCAUCCAGUCCAAUCCCAGCCCUGCAUAGACACCCCAGCAAUCCCACCCUGGGCAUCCCUGGUGUCCAAAGGCUCCUGGAGCUCAGGCAGCUUUGGGGUCAUGACCAUUUCCUGGGGAGCCUGGGCAGUGCCCAGCACCCUCUGGGGGAAGAACCUUUUCUGAUCUCUACCCUAACCCCCCCAACACAGCUCCAGCCAUUAAAUCAGGUCAUAAAAUCAACAGUGCGUAUUGUGUCCAACAUGACUUCCAGUUCCAAAUCUGUGUUCCACUGGAAUUUGUCAUGAGUAGAUCAGUGUUUUCCUGGUCCAGGUUUUCUUAAAUCACCUCCAGCACACUGAGAGACAGUGUCCUCUGUUCUCUUGGAGUUUGCAGAGCUGAACUCUGCUUUUUCCAGAGUUGUCAUUUUUGCUGUUACACUUCAUUAAAUUGCCCAGUGACAUUCACUGUGCAGGGACAGGGCAAAGAAUCCAGGGGUUCCCUGACCCCUCUGUUCAGGUUCCAAGGCUCCCACACCCAGCACCCAGCUGCAGGCCUGGGCUUAGGGAAGGAUCCAGUAAAUGGCCUUGCCCCAGGGAACAGGAUCUGACCCCAGUGCCCUGGGCAGGACCAUGGCUGCUGCUGGGGUAACAUGUCCAGGGGGAAGUUCCUGUUAGUGGCUCUUUGGGUGUUGCACAAGUGGGAUCCCAUGCCAGUAUCCUUAGCAACCUGCAGCAUCCCUGAAGCUUUUUUUAUUCUGGGUAAAAGGAGGCAAUUUGAGUUAGUUCCAUCUAAGAUGAUGCUGAGUUAAGCUCCAGCCUCUAUCCCUGCACCUCUGGUGGGCUCUCCCCUGCCUGCCAGAUGUUCUGGGUGCACCCUUGACCGCUGAGCUGCCUCUUCUGUGUCCUGCAAUGUGAAAGUAGCACCAGAUACUCCUUUGUGCAGUUCUGUGUAUAUGGCUUUCGUAGGUGGGUUUUCCAAGCACUGAUUCCCGGUGUUUUCAGUUUGUCUAUGAGGGGAUAUUUUAUUUGCAUCUAUGUUUUUAGCUCUCCUGUGAUAACUUGUUGAAUAUUAAAAAAAAAAUAAAAAAAUAAAAUAUUUUGCUUCUAUUGGGACAUUUGUAUACUCGCAACUAUAUUUCUGUAAACAGCUGCAGUCGAGAAUAAAUGAUGAAAGUUUUCAUUUUACAGUGUAAA